AUGUCCCUCUCAGUCCGCUCCUCACGCCUGUCUGUGGGACGAGGAUCAGGCAGUGUGUAUGGGGGUGCAGGGGGUUCUGGCAUCCGCAUCUCUAGUGUGACCAGCCGAAGCAGCAGCCUCAGCCUGGGGAGUGGAGUUGGGGGGUACAGCAUGAUGGCAGUGGGUGGGGGCUUUGGUGCAGGCGGAGGAGGUGGGGGUCUGGAAGAGGCCUUGGUCAUGGUCAAUGACAAGCAGACCAUGCAGAAUCUCAAUGAUCGCUUGGCAUCCUACCUGGCGAAGGUACGCUCCCUGGAGUCAGCUAACGCAGAGCUAGAGCUGAAGAUCCGGGAAUUCCUGGCCACAAAGGUGUCUGGGGGUGCCCGGGACUUCACAGUGUUCUUGAAGACUAUCGCGGAUCUGCAAGCACAGAUUGGUGCUGCUGGGGCUAAAAAUGCCAUGAUUGUUCUCCAGAUAGACAAUGCCAAGCUGGCUGGUGAUGAUUUCAGAGUCAAGUAUGAGAGUGAGUUGGCCAUGAGACAGUCAGUGGAGGCUGAUAUCAACGGAUUAAGGAAGGUGUUGGAUGAGUUGACUCUGGCCAGAUCUGACCUGGAGAUGCAGAUUGAAGGGUUGAAGGAGGAACUGGUCUUCCUAAAGAAGAACCAUGACGAGGAGUUGGCUGCCCUGCGGGCCCAUAUAAGUGGAAGUUCUGUGAAUGUUGAGGUCAAUGCUGCACCUCAGCAAGACCUGGCACGGGUCAUGGAGGAGAUUCGGGCCCAGUAUGAGGGCAUCGUCGACAAGAACCGCCGGGAGAUGGAGAGCUGGUACAAGGGCAAGUUUGAUGCACUGAACCAGCAAGUGGUAAGCAGCACUACAGAGAUCCAGACCUCCAGAAGUGAGAUCAGUGAGCUGAAGAGGACUGUGCAGGGGCUGGAGAUUGAGCUGCAGUCCCAGCUCAGCCUGAAAUUGUCUCUGGAGGGUACACUGGCAGACACAGAGGCCACCUUUUCAGCCCAGCUGGUGAAGCUACAGGCACAGGUCACAAUGCUGGAGCAGGAGCUGAUGCAGCUGCGAUCUGAGACUGAGAGGCAAAGCCAUGAGUACAAGUUGUUGUUGGAUGUUAAAACACGCCUAGAGCUAGAGAUUGCAGAGUACAGGAGGCUGCUAGAUGGAGAGGCCUGGGGGGUUGGGCUGGAUGAAAAAUUUGUACUAGCUGCACUUUCUCAGUUGCAGAGCCUUGACCCUGAACCUGAGAUCACACGUUCUCGCAUUGUGAAGACCAUUGUGGAGGAGCUUGUGGAUGGAAAAGUGGUCUCUUCUGAAGUACAGGAGAUCCAUGAGAGUAUCUCAGACACUGUUGUAUCUUAG